UUAGACUGACAAAAGAUCUUACAUACGAUUUAAACCCUGUUCUUUCUUUCUCGCACCCCUUCUCCGCCGCCACAACCACCACCACCCCUUCUCCGCCGCUCAGUAAAAAGUCUUGGAUUAUUAGCUUUGUCUUUAGUCAUGGGAGGUGAAAAGACAGGGGAAGUAGAGAAACAAGAAAGCAAGGGCACGUCUUUUGAUAUCAAUGAUUUCACUGUUAUCAAAGAGGGUGAAGCUGAGAUCCUCAUGCAUACAAAGAAUGCUGUAUUUUAUAACAAAGCACAGGUUAACAACAGAGAUAUAUCUAUUGCUGUCUUGAGGGCAUUUAUAUCCAAACGUAAACAAGAACAUGAAGCAUAUUCAUCACGAAGGAAAAAAACACCAGCGAAGACGCAAGAAAUUCCCUCUUCUGAACCGAAAGCACCUGCCGACUCGGUUAAUGGAACCGUGAAUGGUAAGCAUGAAGCUUCAGAACCUCUUGAUGAGAAUGAGGCGUGUAGAAUUGUAGAAGAACCACGUGAAACCCAAGAAAAAGUCCGAAAAGAACUCAAACCACCAAGAGUGUUAGAGGCUCUGUCAGCUUCAGGUUUAAGGGCUCUCAGGUAUGCACGCGAAGUUGAAGAAAUUGGUAAAGUUGUGGCACUGGACAAUGAUCCAGCCUCUGUUGAAGCAUGUAAAAGAAACAUUAUAUUUAAUGGGUCAGCAGCAUCUGCAAAAGUAGAUUCGGAACUUGCUGAUGCCCGAGUUUAUAUGCUCACACACCCUAAUGAAUUUGACAUGGUUGAUCUUGAUCCUUAUGGUUCACCCUCCGUGUUCCUGGACUCUGCAGUUCAAUCAGUUGUUGAUGGAGGCAUGUUAAUGUGUACUGCAACUGAUAUGGCAGUUCUCUGCGGCGGUAAUGGAGAGGUUUGCUAUUCAAAAUAUGGUUCUUAUCCUUUGAGAGGAAAAUAUUGCCACGAAAUGGCUUUGCGGAUCCUUCUUUCCUGCAUUGAGAGCCAUGCAAAUCGUUACAAACGAUAUAUCGUUCCUGUCUUGUCUGUUCAGAUGGACUUCUAUGUACGUGUUUUUGUCCGUGUAUACACCUCAGCGAGUGCCAUGAAGAAUACUCCUCUUAAGCUCUCGUACAUUUACCAGUGUGUUGGGUGUGAUUCUUUUCAUCUCCAGCCAAUUGGGAGGACUGUGUCCAAGAAUAACAGUGUGAGAUAUCUUCCUGGGUUUGGUCCUGCUGUUCCUCAAGAGUGUAGCGAUUGUGGUAAAUCAUAUAAUAUGGGUGGACCCAUAUGGUCUGCUCCAAUCCACGAUCAAGAAUGGGUCACAUCCAUCUUAGAGGAUGUUAAAAGUAUGAAAGAUCGGUAUCCUGCGUAUGAAAGAAUUUCUGCUGUAUUGACAACAAUUUCAGAGGAACUACCCGAUGUUCCUCUCUUUCUGAGUUUGCACAAUCUCUGUGCAACGCUGAAAUGUACUUCCCCCUCCGCUGUUAUAUUCCGAUCUGCUGUCAUAAAUGCUGGAUAUCGUAUAUCAGGAACUCAUGUAAAUCCAUUAGGAUUAAAAUCAGAUGCUCCUAUGAAUGUCAUAUGGGAUAUCAUGCGUUGCUGGAUAAAAAGUCACCCUGUUAAAGCUCAAGCACCAGAUCAAGCUGGAAGCGUGAUACUUUCAAAGGAACCAACACUUGAGGCCAAUUUUGCCCGGGCUGUUGCAUCCCUUAGCAAGGCACAAUCCAAGAAGGUGGCACGCUUUCUGCCUAAUCCAGAGAGACACUGGGGGCCAAAGCUUAGGGCAGGUCGUACCAUCACUAGCAAACAUGUAUCUCUUUUGGGUCCAGAAGCACUAAAGGGAAUCAGUGAACAUGAAGGCGGUGAUGAGCCUGAGGCCAAGCGUAAGAAGACAGAAGACACUCCUUCAAUUUCGUGAAAACAUAAAGAGUUCAUCUUUCAUCAGCAGUCAUCAUGACUUGCCCUAUACCAGUUUAAGGCUCUUUCAAGUCUCUGAUCAUGUUUCUGCAUUUUCCUGCAGAGAGAAACCACCUGUAAGCUCAGCCUACCAUCAAGUUGAGUAAUAUUGAAAUGCCUUCACGAAACUGAAGGUUAGAACCAUUUGUAUGCCAGUGUGUCAUGAAUUUUGAAGCAGCAGCACGAAAUUUUGUUUUUUUACUUUGCAUCAUCAUUAAAUUCUGUAACAAUAUAUAUUCAUUCGUUUCCUGAUUCCAAUGGAACUAAGCGACAAGUGAACUUGAAAAAUUUAUUUGUUGAAUUAUAGAUGGCACUAGCAGGCAAUUGGAAUAUCUAAUAAUGAUAAUGCUUCUUAUAUAUUCCUAUAUAUAAUACAGGUAUUUAUUCAAUGAA